GGCAGUUUGAUGACCCACCGCUCCUCAAGGGAUGGAGGCUGGGUCACGACUGAUCUGCUUAAAACUGAAUCAAAAGCACAUGGAGAAAACAUUUCUUCUGAAGUAUCAAGAAAGAGAAAGAUCCAGUCGAAUGCAGGGGCUGCUGCCUUUGGGAUCCGCUUGCUCCAGCCCCUGGCAGGUCUGUCAGGCAUAGACUGAAUCCCGCUGGAACUGGAAUCAAAGAAGUCUUCCCAAAACUGUGACAUUCACAGCAUUUCAAUUGAGCCAUCAGUCUGUCAGACACAAUGCCUCCCCCUGCCUAGGGGUUUAGGGCGCUUGGUUUUUCUUUGCCAUGAUCACUGUGACGGGGUUCUGUAAAAAAAAAUGCGGCAUGGAGAAUGUAUGUUUAAUGCAUUAUGCCUCUUUAUUCUUUCUGGAAAAGACCAGGAUUGCAAAACACAAGCAGAAGUUUUGAAUUCUGUGCUAGAUUAGUCUUUUUUGAAUAGCUCUUUAUAAAAGAUGUGCUGAAAUGAUUCAUGACGCAUUUCUCUCUCAUUAUCACUGACUGUAUCAAUUGUUCAUUUUCUCAUGUUUAUUUUUUUGGCUUCUUUUCUAUAUCCCUUCCUCUCUGCUUUCUCUAUCUCUGGCAGAAGCCUAUGUCCCCAUCGGACUUUCUGGACAAGCUGAUGGGACGAACCUCCGGCUAUGAUGCUCGCAUCAGACCCAACUUCAAAGGACCACCAGUAAACGUCACCUGUAACAUCUUCAUCAACAGUUUUGGAUCUAUUACUGAGACAACAAUGGAUUACAGGCUAAACGUCUUUCUACGGCAGCAGUGGAACGACCCUAGACUGGCCUACAGUGAAUAUCCCGAUGCAUCUCUAGACUUGGACCCUUCUAUGUUGGACUCCAUAUGGAAACCUGACUUGUUUUUUGCUAAUGAGAAAGGUGCCAACUUCCAUGAAGUCACCACAGACAACAAGCUGCUGAGGAUCUUUCAGAAUGGGAAUGUGCUUUACAGCAUCAGGCUAACACUCAUCCUGUCUUGUCCCAUGGACUUGAAGAAUUUCCCAAUGGACAUUCAGACCUGUACCAUGCAGCUAGAAAGCUUUGGCUACACCAUGAACGAUCUGAUCUUCGAGUGGCUUUCUGAUAACCCUGUGCAGGUUGCGGAUGACUUGACUCUUCCUCAGUUUGUACUAAAGGAGGAAAAGGAUCUCGGCUACUGCACUAAGCACUACAACACAGGUAAAUUCACCUGCAUUGAGGUGAAGUUUCACUUAGAGAGACAGAUGGGCUACUAUCUCAUUCAGAUGUACAUCCCCAGCCUGCUGAUUGUCAUCUUGUCUUGGGUGUCUUUCUGGAUCAAUAUGGAUGCGGCACCGGCUCGGGUGGGUUUGGGUAUCACCACCGUGCUGACCAUGACCACCCAGAGCUCCGGUUCAAGAGCCUCGCUACCCAAGGUGUCCUACGUGAAGGCCAUUGACAUCUGGAUGGCUGUUUGUCUGCUGUUCGUGUUUGCUGCAUUGUUGGAGUAUGCAGCAGUCAACUUCGUCUCAAGGCAGCACAAGGAGUUCAUCAGACUGCGCAAGAAGCAGCGAAGGCAGAGAAUAGAGGAAGACCUUGUGAGAGAAAGCCGUGGCUUUUACUUCCGAGGGUACGGACUGGGCCAUUGCUUGCAAACAAAAGAUGGGACAGCAGUGGAGGGGUCCAGUGUAUUCGCCCCACCACCUCCAGUGCAAGUGCUUUACGACGGAGAGGCCGUCCGGAAGCGCUUCGUGGACCGAGCCAAACGAAUCGACACCAUAUCGAGAGCAGUAUUUCCUCUCAGCUUCCUCAUAUUCAACGUCUUCUACUGGAUCACCUAUAAAGUGCUGCGACACGAGGAUAUCCACGCCAACCCUUAACCGCACCAUCUCUCCAGGUUCAUCUUACAGCUUCUUUGAUUUUCUUAUAUCUCUUGAUUUGAACCAAUACCGCCUGUCAUACUCACUCUAGAAGGCAUAUUGACUCCAGAAAUGCCGUCAGUGCUAAAAACCAUGUGCUCAGGUGUGACUUCUGG